UUUCCCUGUCCUAUCAAAUCCCAUUGUGAACAUGUCUGCUCCAUCGACAUCCGCAGCAGCAGCAGCAGCCCCGGCUGAAGAGAAGGUCUUCUACACGUCCGAGCGCGCUGGCAGCGACGAGUCCGGCGACGGCUCUGAGGCAAAGCCCUUCAAGACGGUCAUGCAGGCCCUGCGUGCAGGUGGCCCGGAUGCCAACGUCGUCAUCUUCCUCGACGGGCAGGCCGCAGACGGCCCCCGCUGGGACAAGCUGUCGGACUCGCAACUCAAGAAGCAAAAGAAGAACUUUGCCACCGAGCUCAAGAAGGCCGACGCCCGCGCCAAGAAGGACGCCGAAGACGCCGAGAAGCGUGAGAAGGCCUUGGAGGAGGCCAGCAAGAUCAAGAUCACCCAGAACAAGGAUCUUCCUGCUGCCAAAACCAUCAAGCUCCGUGACACUGUUGCCCACCGUGGCACCCGUGUCAAGGUCCAGGGCUGGCUGCACAACCUGCGCCGCCAGGGCAAGGACAUGAUGUUCCUCGUUCUGCGCGACGGCACUGGCUACCUCCAAUGCCUGCUUACCGGUGACAUGUGCCGCACGAUCGAAGCUGUCAAGCUUGAAACCGAGUCCACUGUCUCUGUCUUUGGUAUUAUUAAGGAGCUUCCUGAGGGCAAGACGGCCCCGGACGGCCACGAACUCGCCGCCGACUACUGGGAACUCAUGGGCACUGCCCCUGCUGGUGGCCUCGACCACGCCUUCAACAAGGAGUCGGAUCCCGACGUGCUGUUCGACAACCGCCACCUUGUGCUGCGCACCGACACGUACUCCAAGAUCCUCAAGCUGCGAUCGGUCGUCACCCAGGCCUUCCGCGAGCACUUUUUCAACCGCGGCUACUUUGAGGUCACCCCUCCGACCCUGGUCCAGACCAUGUGCGAGGGCGGCUCGACCCUGUUCAAGCUCGACUACUUUGGCAAGGAGGCGUACUUGACGCAGUCGUCGCAGCUCUACCUCGAGACGGCCAUUCCCGCUGUUGGUGACGUCUUUUGCAUUGCGCAGUCGUACCGCGCUGAAAAGUCGCGCACUCGUCGCCACCUGACCGAGUACACGCACAUUGAGGCCGAGUGCCCCUUCCUCGACUUUGAGACGCUUCUCCACAAGCUGGAAGACCUUGUUUGCGACGUUGUGGAGCGCGUGCUUGCCUCCCCGUACGCUGGUCUGCUCAAGGAGCUCAACCCCAACUUUAAGGCCCCCAAGCGCCCCUUCCGCCGCAUGGAGUACAAGGAUGCCAUCGUUUGGCUCAAGGAGAACGACGUCCGAAAGCCCGACGGCACCUUCUACGAGUUUGGCGAGGACAUUCCGGAAGCCCCCGAGCGCGCCAUGACGGACAAGAUUGGCGAGCCCAUCCUGCUCAUGCGAUUCCCCCGCGAAAUCAAGGCCUUCUACAUGCAGCGCGAUGCUGGGGACCAGCGUCUCACCGAGUCCGUUGACAUGCUCAUGCCCGGCGUCGGCGAGAUUGUCGGUGGAUCCAUGCGUAUCUGGAACCUCGAGGAGCUCGAGGCCGCGUACCGUCGGGAGGAGAUUGACCCCGCAGAGUACUACUGGUACAUUGACCAGCGCCGAUACGGCACGUGCCCGCACGGUGGCUACGGUCUUGGUCUUGAUCGCUUCCUCACCUGGAUGUUCAACCGAGACCACAUUCGCGAUGUCUGCUUCUAUCCCCGCAACAUUGAUCGCUGCAAGCCUUAAGCGUGAGGCAUUCGGACUUGGUUGAGUGUGGCGCAUGGCUUCUUUUUUUUUUUUUGGUUGAAUGUCAAAGAGAAAGUUUGCCAAAGGUUUCAAUUGUUCAGCUUUGUCAUUCAUUGCGUGAUGG